AUGAACAGCAUCGUCACGUACGCAUUCCUGUUGUCCAGUGUGGGUGAGGGCAGUGUGCAGUGCAAUGGCGAUUGUGAGGUGUCUGCUGUAGCUCAGGGUUACUUCCUGGAUGACUACCUGAAGCAGUUUGUGUUUAAGGAGUUUAGGAGAGCCCCUCUCAUCAACAGGGCUUACUAUGUACGCUGGAGAGCUGUAGACCACUGUGUCAAGCCGUUUCUGUGGCUGACAGAAAGCUGCCCCAGGAGACAGCUUAGCCUGGUGUUGUCUCUGGGAGCGGGGUUUGACUCCCUGUAUUUCCGUCUGGGCGCAGAGGGGACUCAGUAGGGGGUGGUGGUGUUUGAGCUGGACUUCCCAGAUGUUGCCCAGUGCAAGGCUUCUGUUAUCAAUAACAACACUCAACUCAAUGAGGUGCUGGAUACCCUUUCAUCCUCACCCACAGCGUAUGAUGUGAUUGGCUGGGCUGCCAGGUUCCUCCCCCAGUCUCUGUUUGUGAUGUACGAGCAGAUCCGCCCCCACGAUCCCUUUGGUCGAGUCAUGCAGGACCACUUCCUGAAGCUCAACUCAACCUUGCACGUGCUCAGAGACUACCCAGAAACAACUGUACAGACACACAGGUUCCAGGACAAGGCAUAUGAAGGAACCCUUUUCAGAGUGAGCUAUGACCCUUGUGACCUGCCUGACCCAGUUGCACCUGACAACCAGGCCUCAUUGAGGCUCCCCUUGAAGGAGAUGAGCUGCACUGGCAACCUGCCUCAACCAAGACGGAGGCACACUGCGACCAUACUGAGGCAGGAAGGUCAGAAGUUCCUGUUUGUGUUUGAAGGACAGAACGAGGCUGAGGAUGCACUGUAUUUUGAUGACCAGCGUUGGACCGAGGGCACCGCGCCUGAGCCUCGCUUCUCUAAUUCAGCCUGUGCAUCUAAAGGAGGGGUGGUGAUCUGUGGAGGUCUGGGUAGAGGAAGUGUUCCACUGAGGGAUACAGGGUUGCUGUUAGACUUGACCACAGGGGGCAGUGUGGAGCUCAUCCUGGACACUGAGUCUGUACCCUGGCCCAUGCUGCACUCCUUCUGCUCGGCGCUCCUGGACUCUAACGACUCUGACGGGUCAACAAUGAUGGCUCUGAUUGGUGGAGGAGGAAACUGCUUCGCCUUUGGGACUCAUCACAACCCUCACCCUGUCACUGUGGACCUCAAGCUUGUUCUAUAA